AUGGAGACAAAUCCUCAAGAUCGUUUAGCAAACCUGUUCGCUGGUAGGCCUCUCCCAGUAACAGGCAAGUCUGGCGCACCUCACUUCUCUGAGCAAGAACUUCAAGAGAAGCGAGAGAAAGAUCAACCAAAACCAAAAUGGCAACUGCCACUGGCUGCAGAGUUUCCUCGUCAGAUUCCCAAGGCCAGGGGUCCAAAGCCUCAACCCACUAGGGAACUCCUUACCAGCUCUGAUGAUGAUGACGACUAUGUCUCUUCCUUCUCGCAGAAGCCGUCAAUGAAGACCACAGCCGAACAAUUUUCCAAGUCAAAGAGUCGCGGGUCUGAUGCUUCUGGUGGUCAUCAGAGCAAUCCUCCAGCCAACAUCAACCCAGAGUACAUCCACCAAGGAAAGAGCACCACCAAACGCUCAAAAUAUGCCCAAAACAGUGUGAGAAACACGAAUGAUCAUCCAUCAGAUCCCGCAGCAUUCCCAAUCACCGGCAACUUCUGUCAAUUUGGUCUCGCAGCCAAAUUUCCUUAUAAGUAUAUGAAUGAUGUUCACGACAGAGUAUCACGUCAUUUUUUCGCCAGCAACAAAUUCUUCAGCCGGACUUGGGACUUGUAUUACCUCACUCCUUCUUAUUCUCUAGGCGGCAAACCUCUGGUCAUGGUUCCGCAUGCUCAAUUUCAAGCACUCAUCAAGGAGAUCGGCUAUAAACUCAAAAUUGACGUUUCUGUUCCAGACUUUCCUUUCACUCUCACAUUCCGAGAUGAUGGCACACCACAACCAAAGCUAUUGGGGACUUCGCAUUCGCGCGAGGAGGCUGGAGAACUCCAAAAUUCUAUUCCUUCAGCAUCAGUCAACCAUGGAGAAUGUCCUCCAGGUGCGUCAGAUGCCUUGGCCAAGCGCUACAUAGAGUUCAAAACCAUGUGCCAGGAGGCAAUGAUCGCAAGCAAAAAGAAAGGUACAGCCAUCAAGAAGAGAAGAGAAGAAGACCGACUUUUGGAUGUGGGAGAUUUGCACAAGCAGCUUCGACGUUGUCAAAGAUAUCUUGGUCUCCGACCCACAACUGGUCGCGUCCGUGAUCCAGACUCCGCCAUGUCAUGGGAUGAACAGGAAGACUUUCGCGUUCAGCAGUUGAAGGAAGCUAGAAUCAUCCUCAAUCCGCUCAAUGUCAGCACCCCUGCAGAAUACCCUUUCCACAACGAACCAGUGCUUAUCUCCUUCGAUGUCGAGGCAUACGAGAGAGCACACAAUCUCAUUACUGAAAUCGGCGUUAGCACUCUAGAUACCUUGGAUCUUGUCGGCAUCCCACCUGGCAUAGGCGGUAUCAAUUGGCUCGAUCAAAUUCGAUCGCGACAUUUCAGAAUCAUCGGACGAGAGCACUUGAGAAACAAAGACUUUUGUCCUGGCGAUCCAGAUGCCUUCCAAUUUGGAAAAUCUGAGUUCAUUGAUCUGAGUGAAGCUGCAGAAAAGGUUGAUGGAUGUUUUAAGUGGCCAUUCUCAGUUCAGUUCAAGCAUGCCAGUCUCGUGGAUCCCUGGACGCUGCCCCCAAAGGGUGGUAACGAUGUCAUGGUGGCAAGUGAUUCUCAGUUUGGAGGUGUUGGCACGGCUCCGACCAACAAGGAGCAAGACAAAGCCAACAGAGCCGCCGUUGACAGCGUUUUGAAUGGACAAGGAGACACCACUGCCAUCCAGCAAGCCAUCGACAUGAAGCAGGCAUCCCAGACCGAUCCAGAAGUCAUGCAGCGCGGCCCAAAAGAGCGAAAGCUCCUCAUCGUCGGUCAUGCAGUUGGUGGCGAUUUAAAUUUCUUGAAGGAGAUCGGCAGCAAAAUCUUCAGCUCAUCAAGAAAGACUUAUCCAGUUGCAGCAAUGGACAUGAUGGGAACAGGUGAAGGCGAGUCAAAAGUAAUGGCUUCCAUUCUCGAAGCACUUGAUACGGGCUCAUUGUACCGUAUUGUUAAGCAAGAGUCACAGCCACGGAAUCUGGCCUCGAUCCUGAGUGAUCUUGGCCGGCCAUGUUUGUUCAUGCAUAAUGGCGGCAAUGAUGCCAGAUACACCUUGGAAGCACUGGUUAGCAUGACUUUGAAAGCGAGACGAAACGAUGACGAAACCCAAUCUCAGCAGCAAGCUGCGACGAAGACGGACCCUGCAAACGAUGGAUGGAACGUCGGACCUAUCUCAAGUGCUCCGGGCGAAGAAGAAAAGUGGAGUGCAGGCCAAGAUGGCUCUGCAACCAACCUACCACUGACUAGCAAGCCCAAGAAGGAAGAACUAGAUGACUUUGAAGCCGCAAUAUUAGCAUCCUCAGGCUCUGAAGCAUCCCCACCUCGCCCGAAGGACAACACAAUCGGCACGCUAUUGGAGAAGAUGAAGUUCGACGAUGGAGGUGAGCCUAAAAGUCUGUUUGGAAAAAGACCUCACAAGAAGUGGUAG